CCGUACCGCCCCCGCGUCGCCAGGGCCACCGGCGCGGUCUCGCGAGGCUGGGGUGGGCCGGGCCGGGCGGCGGGAGGCAUAACAAACAUGGCGGCGCCGGCGGCAGCGGGCGGCGGCUGCGGCGCGGCGCGGGGUGGCGGCGGAGACACCAACAAAUGGAACACAAAUUAACUUAAGCCUACACGAGGCUGGUGAUACCUGAAAGAGGGGAAAGUAGAGAAGCUGUGCUUUGUGCUUUCUAUCUGACGUGUUGGGAGUACAUUUUGGAGUAUGUUUGCUACUUAGCAGGGGACUGAAAUUCAGGCACAAGAGGUUGUAAACAUAAAGGGUGAAUAUGGGUGAAAAGAAGCCAGAACCUUUGGACUUUGUAAAAGAUUUUCAGGAAUAUCUUACACAGCAGACUCACCAUGUGAAUAUGAUUUCUGGAUCAGUUAGUGGCGACAAGGAAGCAGAGACUCUUCAGGGAGCUGGGACAGAAGGUGAUCAGAAUGGUCUGGACCAUCCUUCUGUUGAAGUUUCACUGGAUGAAAACUCAGGAAUGUUAGUGGAUGGGUUUGAAAGGACAUUUGAUGGAAAGUUGAAGUGUCGAUACUGCAACUACGCCAGCAAAGGAACAGCACGGCUCAUAGAGCAUAUCAGAAUUCAUACAGGUGAGAAGCCACACAGAUGCCAUUUAUGUCCCUUUGCAUCAGCUUACGAACGUCAUCUGGAAGCUCACAUGCGAUCGCAUACUGGUGAAAAACCAUACAAAUGUGAAUUGUGUUCCUUUCGCUGCAGUGACAGAAGCAACUUAUCUCACCACCGCAGGCGCAAACAUAAAAUGGUGCCAAUCAAGGGUACAAGGUCUUCCCUAAGCAGCAAGAAAAUGUGGGGGGUUUUGCAGAAGAAGACCAGCAAUUUGGGGUACAGCAGAAGAGCAUUAAUUAAUUUGAGUCCACCUUCCAUGGUGGUUCAGAAACCAGACUACCUUAAUGAUUUCACGCAUGAAAUCCCAAAUAUCCAGACUGAAGCGUAUGAGACCAUGACAAAAACAACCCAGAGCAGUGGGCUGCCAAGAGACCCACAAGACCUCAUGGUAGAUAAUCCUUUAAACCAGCUCUCUACAUUAGCUGGACAGCUAUCUAGCUUGCCACCUGAAAACCAAAAUCCAGCCUCUCCUGACGUCGUUUCCUGUCAAGAUGAAAAGCCUUUCAUGAUACAGCAGCCUGCUGCACCUGCCGUAGUCUCAGCUGUGUCAGCAAAUAUCCCUCAAAGUUCAUCUCCGACCAGCCCAGAUCCUCGCCCUACACACAAUCAAAGGAACUACAGUCCCGUGGCAGGUCCCAGCAGUGAUCGCAGUGCGCACACCAGUACUCCCAGCAUAAGUAACAGUCAGCCAAGUACUCCUGCUCCAACCCUUCCAGUCCAGGAUCCUCAGCUCCUGCAUCACUGCCAACACUGUGACAUGUACUUUGCGGACAAUAUCCUUUAUACUAUUCACAUGGGAUGUCAUGGAUUUGAAAAUCCAUUUCAGUGCAACAUAUGUGGGUGUAAGUGUAAAAAUAAGUAUGACUUUGCUUGCCAUUUUGCAAGAGGCCAACAUAGUCAACAUUGACUGAGAACGUGCUUUCUUUAGUUUUUUAAUGUAUUACAGUAUAUUUUUCAUACUUGCUGAAGGAAAGCUUGCACAUUCCCGUAAGGAUUCUUCACGUUAAUCAGUUCGACAAAGGAGGCAAAUUCAUUUUUAUGUUGUCGUAAAACUUGCCAGGGAAAUUUUAUAUAAGAUGUGGUCGAUAUUAUAUAUGUAGCCUUUCAAAAAAGCUGAGAGUGCUAUAAGAAUUGGAAUGCAUUUACAUGUUUUGGUUGCUAAAUUUAAGUUGCUUGCACUUAAUCCCAAUAAACAUGCUACAAAUGUAGGCGCAGAGCGUAUGUCCAGAAACACAGGGUGCAAUUAUGGUACUAUUUACUAGACAAGACAGAAUGUAUUAACCAUAAAAUAUGAAAGGUUAAUGCAAUGACACCUAUGUUACUUUGGAAACAUACCUAUCCUUAAAAACUUUGCUACUGCUCCAAACUGGAAAAACCAACAGAAGCAACUUUCACAUACAAAAUCAGUUUGAUGUAAAACUUGCUUUAAUCUGUUUUAAUAAUAAUAUUUUGCUUCGUAUAGCCUAUACUCUUCAUGCUCAGGCUCAAACACUAAUUUAUUAUUUUUAAAACUCAUCACAAAACUAGAAGAUAACAGGUUAUUGUGAAUGAACCUCCAGUAGAAAAGGGAAAGAGUUAAAAGCUUGUCAUUCACUAGUUACACAAAGGAAAAAUUAAACAUGACACCUUAUUUUAAACUACACUUACUGAAAUUUUACGUCGUUCUUUUAAAAAGGAUAUAAUUUUUAAACAGUCAUGAAAAAAGCUUGUAGAACUAAUAUAUAUUCCAUGAGAUUUUUAACUGCCUUAAACUAAUUUGUACAGAUGUUUAAAAUUUGCACAAUUAGACUUCUGUCCUGCUGAUGGGAGUUCUAAUAGAAAGAAGAGGUUUACAAAUUAAAAAUACUUUGUUCAGUUUUAUCUUGGGCCAAGCUACAGCUGAUAGGUUGCUUGUAUGUUUGAGAGUUGUAUAAUCUAGUUUAUUGUAAACUAGAUUACCACAGCUAACUUGGAAGUCAGUUGCUUGUGUCCCCUCCCCCGGAUAUGUUGUCCUUUUGCUGUGCUGGAAAUUCGGGGAAGGGAUUCUGGGUUUUCCGCACUCUUUGCAUGGUAGGCAAGGGAAUGCUGGCUGACAGCAUUUGAAGUCAUUGUGACUAAUAUCAGAGGUGGCAAAUGGUAACUAAAGAUGGACCCGAAGUCCACUGCACGUGUUUGGGUUUUCUUAUACUGUACAUCUUACUUUAGAAGCACCUAGGCUAACAGACAGGCACUUUAAUAGGAACCUAAAUAAACCAUCCCAGCAAAAUGAAUAAAAGCUCUUAAUGUGUUACACAGGAAUUUGUAAUGUUUAAAAAAAGUGAAGAAUUGUUACUUUUCCCAUUCUUAGACAUGCACUUUUACCUUAGUUUAUUUUACUUGAGACAAAUUAAAGCUUCCCUUAUCUAUUCCCCCUUUACUAUCAGAAAAAUAUGGUAGCAAAUAUGUUUUGUUAAAAGCAGGGGGAUUUUACUAAUGUUCUGCAAGUCAGAGGCUGGAAUCUGCAUAGCAAAUGUGUGGCUUAUUCAAAUUUAUAUUGUUACAGGAGCUAAAGCUUUCUGAAGCCAGUGGAAAAACUUACAAUGACCUCAGUGUAAGACCAAUGCAGGAAAAACCACCCUUAUGAGAAUUUUAGCUUUAGAAGUAAUUUUGACUUUAACAAAUUAGAAGUCUGGGAGCUGAAUAGCUUUCUCUCUACCUAACUUACCUGCUGUUGAAUUUUCCAUCCUUAAGUAACCAGCUGAAGGAACUGGAUUCUCGGCUGCAUAUAGACUUGUGGUAGAGAGGUCAAAACUAUGCAUACGUAUGUAAUAUGCACAGAAUGAUGCACAUUUCAUGUGUAUGAAAAUAAUUCAAUACAUUGAAGUAUUUCCAAUGUAGAGAAGAUGAAGGAUAACACACUAUCGCUCCUAAAAACAGUUUUGGUUUCAGGCCUGGUUCAAAAUCUGUUUCAGCGGAUUUGUAAAACAGAAUGCAAUUUCCAUUUUUCUUAAUGACACUCUUCAUAAUUCCAGAAUAUCUCUUGGCUUUAUACUUUGAAAAUUUAUUUUAUAGCAGAACUGCAACUCUGUGUAUUAUGCAUAAACAUCCAGAGUCCUUUAUUUUAAGGACUAAAAGUCGGCUGAACUGGAAUCCCGUUGGAAGUUACUGCUCCUGUACAGAUUGUGUAAUGUGAUGCUUCCAGUCAAAGAAUAAUGCAGAGAUGGUGGCUCUCUUUUGGUCAUAUAUGGACACGUUCUGAAAUCUAAAUUUGGCUAAAAUACGACAUUAGAACUACAGAGCAUUACAAAUAGUAGUUCACAGAGGUAAUUUUCCUUGCCUUUUGAUAGGCGAUGUAAACUUUUGUUGCGAGGCUCUAGCAAUGCCAAGGAAACUUCUGAACUGGUGGUGCUCCAAGGAGCACCUCCCAAAACUGAGUGAUGCCCAUUAAAAUCACCAAGUUCGCCUUGGUUUGCUGCUCGUCUUGGCAUCGGCAGGGAGAUUAACUCCAGUGUGCACAGAUGUUUGAGAUUUCAUCCUUUCAUUCCAAUUACACGGUUUCUGAUCCAUUGGCAGUGCCUCAAAACAUUAUAGACUUUUCUUUUUAUGUUGGCUCAUGAUUUGGCGAGUUAUAAAAAUGACUUCUGAACCAUGAUGCCCCUGAACGACAUUUUAGGUAGAAGAAGUUAGGGCAGUAAUAGAGGUAGCUGGUAGCAAGAGGAGGGCUGUGUGAUCUUGCUGAAAAGGGGCCCUCACUUAGGAGGUGAUCCUCUGUUGCGGGAGAAUGUAUGUUCUUAAUAUUAGAACUCAGUAUGAAAAAAAAUCUAACCCCAACCUCGCAAAUUGUUGUUUAGAAGUAUUUUAAAACUGCUGACUUAAUAUCGUUGUUCCUGCUUCAGAGUACCCAAGGAGAAGAAAGUUAGCUUCAACAACUGUUAAAAAACAGUUGAUAAAACUGUUUUUCCUUCUCUCCCUGGUCUAGCUCCUGUUUGCGGAGGGGAUUCUUGGGCAGCAGCAGGUUUUAGGCAUUCGUUCUUUGAUUCCACGGCCAGAUCUGCGGUUGCUGACUGACCUGCUGACUACCCAGCCCUUCGCACAGGGUCCCCCGCUGGACUAGGGGUUCUUAAUUUUUAAACCUAACACAGUGUCUCAGUUGUGCCCUGACUGUAACCACUUCCUUCUGUCUACUGAGUCACUCUGGAAGGUGUAUUUCCACAUCAGUUUUUCCUAUUUUUUAUGUACGAUUUGCUCUAAUUUAAAGACCAGGAUUACUACUGGAAAAUUGUUGUAGAGUGUGAUCCUGACGAUUCCCUUGCACAAGCAGGCCUCGCUCGGAGGCAGUGAGGGAUGCUCGUUGGGAAUUGCGGGAUCGAGCCCGCCCUUGGGACUUUUCAUACUGAAUUCUGUGUGCUAUGCUGCACUAACUUGGUUUUUUUAGAAAAAACAAAUCCUUAGAAGGUGGUGAUCAGCAUUUUAACUUGUAUUAAGAGGGAGGUUUGGGAAUGAGCUGAAAUUUUUCCAUAGCUUGAUUCUGUUAAGUUCUGUAGUUGCAAAACAUUAACUUUGUGGGGUUUUUGUUUUUAUUGUAAUAGAUUAUUUUAUAGAUUUGUUGAUACUCUUAACAUGCACUAUUUAUAGUACUCUUAACACGGACUUAUUAUUUUGAGACUCGCUAUUCCAAUGAACAUGCAAAUAUUAGACCGAAGAUCCUGGUAGAUUAUCUCAGUUAAUACUUAAACCAACCGUGAAGCAGCUAAUAGGGAAAACUGGUUGUUUUUUCACAGAUACAAUGUUUAGAUGAAGAGGAUUUCGACAUAAAAUGUUGAUUGGCAUUUUAACAUAAAACUCAGUGCUGGAAGACACGUUCCAACAGUGUUUCCUGCAAACUGAUCUUUUGCUAAUUGUCUUCUUCCAGAAUGUUUGGGGUUGGGGGGGUGUUUGCUUUUUGUUUCUUUUGACGAAGGGAAUGUAAUUUAGAAGUCUUCACUGGCAAGUUUUCUAUUAAUUUUAAGCUUUUUUGAAAAUCUACAGCAAAUUGAUGUUUUGCUGCAGGAAAUCUUUUCCCUGCUGAUGCUUUUUUCAUUGAGCAAACUUUGCGUACGUGCUUCUAAGUACCUGCUUUGUUAAUAAUAUGUAUUUCAGUGUAAAGAGCAUAUUUUGUAUGCAAAAAUGAAACCUGUUAGAGUUGUAAAAUAAAUUUUGUGUAGUGAAUGUUUUCAGAUGACAAGGUUAACUCUGAAAUAACUAUAUCUAGCGUAGUUCAUGUUGUGAAGCUUUGCUUUUGUAAGAUAUGAAUAAAAUAACACUUUCUAA